AUAAACUCUGUGUCUUCUUAAUCUGACAUAAUUGUCCUAUUAUUACAUCAAUUAAAUAUCAAAAGAUGUUUUUUUAUGGUUUUUAACAAAAAACAUGAGUGGAAUGGAAGUUUUUUUCUCUGCAUCGCAGAUGCAGUUGUGACGGUCCAUUCAUGUCCCUGAAGAGAGGGAAAAAUAUUGAAUGACUCAUUCUCAUUAAGAUUAUGACAAUGAACUGACUUGAUUGAAAAGUCCUUUUUGAUCGAUCACACGGUUUGGGGAGGUGGAGUCUACAUAAGUGUGUAUUGGGGAGCAGCUGCUCCCUCGCUUGCUGCACCUCCUCCGUCUCCUCCUCCUCCUGCAGCGACGGCUGCGCUCGCUGCUCUUGCCGGCAGCAGCGCGGACAUCUCUUGAGCAGAGAGCUGACAGAGGCAGCAGAGAUCUCCUAACUACCAGUCUCUGAGCAUCUUUAGAGAUCGAUCGGACUAAGAGGAGCCAGGAACAACUUUGGCACUGUCAGUUCAUCUAUUUUUUCUUCAUCCUCUGUGGCGCAGAUCUACAACCAGCAUUUGGCAGCCUCCUUUACAUCUUAAGGGUUACUGCUGAAAUGGACAUUCAGGGUCGGUCAGUCUUACAGUUUUCACUUGUAAAUCCUCAUUAAAUGUAGUAACGUUAAUCAACUAAAUAUAAAUACAUUUUAAAAAAGUGAAAAAAUGUAUUUAACAUGGAGACUGCAUCUUAUUUGCACCUAGAAUUUUAAAAGUGAAUGUAAAGUUGUCAGAUAAAAAAAAGAAGUUCUUACUUUUUUUCACUUUUACACUGUAUUUUAUAAAUGUAAUUACACUUUGCUUCAUCUUUUUGCCCAGUAUAAUUUGUUGUUUGAUGAGCUUUGGAACUGCAGCCUCUGACAUGUGCAAUGUUCCUAUAAACAGAUCUGAUGCUCUGAUGGACUGAAAGUGUGAAGAGGCAAGGGGCGAUGAAGAGGCAGGAGGUUUCCCUACUAAUGUCUUAUGGAGGAUUAUCAGGUUCAAACAGCCACUCCCCAGAGGAAUAAACGUGCACACGUUACAUAAGAGUUGCACUGGGACCAGAGCUGAACAACACCAUGCCUCCAGCUGACUCACAGGAUGUAGCCAGAGAUGUGGAAGAAUGAUUUUUUGUUUCUUGAGACAUUUUUAUCCACUCAGUUCUUUGGCACCUGGAAACUGCAGAAUUUAAAUCUGAGCCCGGUGUGACAUGCUUGGUGAGGAGUUUAACCUGUUUUGGAUUUUAGAUGUUCGUUUACUUUUUACGUGGUUGUAUGACUACAAGCUUGUGUAGACUAAAUCAAUCAGUUCCAAAAUUUUUCCUCCAGUCUGCUUCAACCUCAAUUUGUGUCCGUUUUUUUCUUCUCUCUACUGGGAAAUGGCAUGGAUCAGAUCUGGAACAAACCACUGGAAAGGAGCACAGUUCAGCCCAGCUUCUCCUCAUGGCUCCAGGAAAAACUCAACCACACAUACAGCUUGCACAGUGGUCUUAUUUGGAUGCCCACCUUCAGUUCUCCCAGUGCUUCUCUUCAUCAGCCUGUACCUUCAUCAUUGCCCUCUUCUCUUGUUCCAUACUCUUCCCUUAUCGCUUUCCCUUUAAUCUCCACAACGUCAUCUUCUGCCCAAAGGGAGCCCGCCACCUCCUUUGUUCCUUUGACCCUUUUCAACAUAUCUUCUAGUGAGCUGACGGACUUGGAGAAUAUGCUGCUCUGGACCCUCCAUGAACCCAACACUAUUGCACUGACCACCAUGUACUGUCUGUCCUUCAUACUGGGAUUUGUUGGGAAUUUAAUGUCUUUACGAGUGCUCACCAGCAGACGCAGCAGGCGGCUGGCGGCAGUCAGUGCUACACGCAGCCUCCUGGUGAACCUGGCCGUGUGUGACCUGGCUGUGGUGUGUGUGUGCAUGCCCAUCACUCUGGGGAACCAGAUAUAUACUUCUUGGGUCUACGGGGACCUCUUGUGUCGAGCUGUGCCCUUCACACAGGCCGUCUCAGUCUCAGCCAGUGUGCUGACAUUGACAGUUAUCAGUGUGAAUCGUUACUACAGCGUUCGAUCCCCGUUUAGGGCUCGCUCCAUGUUUACUCGCAGACGGAUAUUAGUAACUGUUGGCGUGGUGUGGACCAUAUCAUCUGUGAUGUGUGCUCCCAUUGCGGUGAUGAACCGGAGGAGGGAAAUCAGCUUUGAGACCUUCACGAUCCUGGUCUGUCAGGAGGAGUGGCCUCAGCAUCGCCUCAAACAGGGAUACAGCGUCCUGCUAUUUGUGAUGCUCUACUGUAUGCCGGUGACAUUUAACCUCACCAUCGGCUUCCUGACGGGCAGGAGGCUGUGGAGAGGCAAGAAAUCACCUUUUGCUGAUCUAGAUCCACGUAGUCAAGCCCUUCACACCUCCCGUCUGAAGACGCGACAGAAAAUCGCCAAGAUGGUGGUGUGCCUGGUGCUCCUGUUUGCAAUAUCCUGGCUGCCGCUCUACUUGGUUGACCUUUGGAUCGACUGUGAGCCAAAGCCUUCCUCCUGGCUUCUGCAGACACGGCCGUUUGCUCAGUGGCUGGGCCUGACAAACUCCAGCCUCAACCCGAUCUGUUACUGCUUCAUUGGAGAUCUAUAUCGCUCAGCAAAGGUCAUACGGACACGAUACUGUCAGAAAGUUGCCUCUCUCUUCAGCACCUCCUCGUUCUCCGGCUCAGCUGCGGUGGCCUCCCCUGCCGCAAAGAUUACAGACAGCAAAGUGACAUCAGUUGAGCGCCACCAUAUUGCAGACGCUAUGGGUACAACUGUCUCCAAGGUAACCAUCCCCCGGCUGUUGAGUUUAGCCAGGGGACAAAGACUGGGGCAGAAGGUCAGAGACUGCUCCGACAGCCGUGAUGGAUCGGACCCCAGCAUCUCAGACUGGUGCCAGUCCAGUCCCGGUGUGUGUGAAAACUCUAUGUUUCCCUACCAGCACUCCACAGAAAAGACUGAUUUUCUGCCAGCAAGAAGGCACUCCACAAAUGAGCUUGCCGUAUCAUUACAUUUGAGAAUUGAAUCUGUGGAAAUAGACCUGCUACCUCUGAGGAGGCAUUCAGGGGGGAGAAUUUAUAGUCUGCCAGCUGAUAAAAGGGACAUCAUUACUAUAGGUGGGGACGUGUUCUGUAACAUUGGAAAGAAUUACUCCCUCAAAGACGACAGGGACGAUGAUGCAAUAAACAUGACCCAUCUAUGAAAACAUCAGCAUCGGCUGGGAAGUAUUUUUCUCCUGCAGGUAAAAAAAAACACUCCAGUCCACCAUGACUUCAAAGCAUAAUCCUUUGCAGAACCAACUGAUGGUCAUGUGAAUACUGUGACCUGCUUUCCACCCUGGCUUUCUUAUGCAUGUGGUAUUAGCUCUGAGUGUCAGGUUUCUGAUGAACAGAACUCGACAUUAAAACAGAGUGUUAUUAUGUGACGUAUCUGUAAUAAGGUUACAUUACAACAAUGUUUCAUUACACACAAGUCGGGAAAUCAUAGAAUUUCCCGUCGUCUGCUUAAGAUAACUCAGCAGGACGUCGCUUUAUGGGUUUCCUCAAAAGUUGCUUUUCUUUUUCCAUCAUUGCUCUGUUGAUAGAUUGUAUUUGCAGCUCACAGAAUCUUUGAAGACGCACACACUCUAGUUUGUUGUCAUCAUCAUGUGUAUUUACAUCCUAAAAUGAAGUUACAGAAGAUUUUGGUCAAAAACGUGAAUACAUUAAAGUUUUUUUCACGCUUCCUAAAGAUGAGUUUGCUGAUAAUUUUGAGCUACAAGAGCAAAAAAAUCCACAAAAUACUUAUCUUUGUUAAAUUAUGUGUGAGAGCUGUGCAAUUUACUUAAUUUUUUAUUUUAUUUUUUUCUCUCUUUCAGCAGUUAAAAAGCCUAAAGUGGCAGCACAUAUUUUAUAGGCAGAUAUCUCAGUUUGCAGAAAUGCUGUACAGAACUGUAAUGAAAUAAAAGCAAAUGUGUCCAAUUUCAAUAGAGAAUGAAUGAAUGUACAGGCAUGAGCCACAGCAGAAAAAGAAGAGUAGGCCAUUUUUAGUGUCUUGGAAGAAGAACUUUUGAACUGGUCACUUUGUGUCUAAUCAUGGCAUGCCUUGUUGAGUAAAUGAAUGAACAAGGCAAUAAAAAAAUGGUUUAAAAGGUUAAAAAAAGAAAAGGAACAUGCACGCAACAGAAUCUAAUCUUCCCUCAGGCAGCUUGUAGUUGUGUGGGGGACAGAGGUGGUGAAUAGCGUGAAAUGCUGUGACAUUAAGCUGCUAAUUCUACUCAUGUCAUCACAACCAACAUGAAGUGGUGCAACACACAUGAAUAAAGCUCACAUAUUUAUUGUAUGAGACCGCCUGUUUCCUGGAAAAUGCUGAAGUCUCCUGACUGUAACAUUGUCUCUUGUCCUCUUACAUCCAUUCUUCCUACCUCAUGAUUUUGUAUUGUGUUAAUAGAGAGCAUGUAUAAUAAACUUUGUGCAUUUUGUGCUCUUUUA